AUGAUCUCUUUUUCCCUAACAAGGAAUCCCAGGGGCCAGAGGCGCCGGGAACGGUCCCCUUUCUCCUCGAGCUACGCUCCAACGACACGAUCCCCCGACUACUCGCGAAACCCGAUUCGACGCAAUCGGAGACGGUCUUCCGAGACCGACCGUGAGCUCAUCUCUCAGGAAGAUCAGGAUGAAGACAUGGACGAUGAAGGAGACAGACUUGAAGAGGAUGGGGAUGAGGACCAAGAGGAAGAGGAGGAAACCAAUGAAGGGGUGGAGGACGUUAGUGACGAAGACGAAGACGGACCUGACGAUACAACACCCCUCCUUCCCAUAUUCUCUGCGGCUCGUCUCGAUGCCAUCCCCGUCUUUGCCCUCACACACGCCGUCCGCUUGCUGGUAAGCUCUCGCUGUGACACUGUCUUGACCUGGGAGCAACUCCGGUCACCCCAGAUCUCACAAUUCCUUGUCAAGCCGAUCGAACAAGAAAUCCGCAUCAACCAUCUGACUGCGGCCACGCAUUAUGCUCUAAUGGCAAAUUGUCUCCAGUAUGGCAAAGAGGCCGCUACGUCCUCUGGCAACAGUGGAACAAACACGACUCGAGCAAUGGUGUGUGAGUUGAUUGCCAUCAAAUUGCUCAAAGACUUUUCCACAAGAGAGCUCAUUGACGCCUUGUCCUAUGACUUCGACCCUCUCCAAGGCCAAUUGGAUGCAAUUCCUCACGCGGAGAACGAACGAAGGCCCACAGCAAACUCCAAAAAACCGGCUCAUCGGCCGGCAAGAAUCUCGUGCUUUGAGAUUGCCAUCCGCGCUCAAGCUAAAAAGUUCCUCUCUCAUCCGAUGGUAGUGAAGCAGCUCGAGGCGAUCUGGGCUGGUACAAUCGUCUUCCACUCUGCGGCCGACAGUCUGCAUCGACCGUUGCCCGCAACGAGUCAAGCGAGAAGUUACGGUACAAAUCACAGCGGUUUGUCUGGAAAGCCCAGCCCCAUAAACACUGAUUCACACGCUCCAAGGCGAGCGGUGACACUGUACGAUCCUCGCGACGCCUCUCUUUUCAAGUUGUCGCGGUUGCGGGUCCCUCGAUACCGCAAUAUCUUGUCUACCUUGUCCUUCGCUGUUCUCCUGAGCUUGUUUGUCGCCGUCCUUGUGAAGCGCUCUCUCGAGAUUACGACUCUCGAAGUCAUCUUCUGGUUCUGGGCUGCCGGCUAUAUGCUCGAUGAGAUUGUUGGAUUCAACGAACAAGGCUUCAGUCUCUACAUCGCUAGUUUCUGGAACACCUUCGACUUGGGAAUCCUCCUCAUCUUGGUCGUCCACUUGGCGCUGCGGAUCUACGGGAUCCUCAUGCCAGAUGUCAGAAAGCACAUGGUGGCCAACAUGGCCUACGAUGUUCUUGCGGCCGACGCCAUUCUACUCUUUCCUCGGCUGUUCUCCGUGCUGGAUCAUUACCGUUAUUUCUCACCCCUUCUCAUUGCUUUUCGAUACAUGGCAGCAGAUCUCAUUGCAGUUUCACUGCUAAUCCUGAUCAGCUGCAGUGGGUUCUUCGUUGCCCUCACAUUGUCGUUCGGCGACAACGGAAUUGAUACUCCCAGCUCGGUAGCUUACGCUCUGCUACAAAUGCUUAUGGGUUUCACGCCGGCUGCCUGGGACCGAUGGGCGGGAUACAACAUUCUGGGAAAGACGAUUCUGACCUUGUUCUUGUUCAUCUGUCACUUCCUUGUAGUCACCAUCUUAAUCACCGUCUUGACUAAUUCGUUCAUGGCUAUCGUCCGGAACGCGAGUGAAGAGCAUCAGUUCCUGUUUGCAGUCAACACCAUCUCUCAUGUCAAAUCCGACGCGCUCUUCUCGUACGUGGCGCCGACAAACAUAAUUCAGUGGCUUUUGGUGCCUCUCAGGUACUUCGUCCCCUUCCGCCAAUACGUCAAGAUCAACCGAACUAUUAUUAAGAUCACGCAUUUACCUCUGCUUCUUUCGAUCUUGUUGUAUGAGAAGACCAUCCUGCAGUGCACCGUCUACGACAGCAUCGACCUUGUGGAGCGCCGCGGGCGCGUGAGAAGAAAGGCGAAGUUUACCCGGCUCAAUCGGGCUCCUUCGAUUGCCACCUUCCGACAGGACAGAGCUCUCGAAGAAGUAUUCAAACAGCCUUUUGACAGUACCAUCAAAAGUGCCCAUCAAAGCCAAGACCGGCGCAAGGCGAGUAAUGUGGUUAGCACAUGGAUGAAUAAACUGGGCGACGACGUGGCAGAGCCGCCGCAGGAGCAAGACAGGCAGAUUGUCGAGAGGCUCGAGGGCAAGCAAACAGCGUUUCGAAGACAGCGCCGGCUCAGUCGAAUUCGCGACUUCUCUCGUCGAACAAUGUCAGUUGUAUCUGACCCGGAGGACUUUAGGACCAAUGCAGGAUUCUCAUCUCCAGGCGAGGCACAUCCCCUGACGGCAACCCUUUCCGCGUUAGAGCAGCCAUCACAUAACACGGAUGCGGAUGGAGAUGAUGAGAUGCCAACAAACGUUGAUGGUGAUGAGGAGGAAACAACCACAUUUGAACAUCGGUCACAAAGCGAUGUAGAGCCUGAGCAACACAACACGGCCCCUGCCGUUCUAGAGCAUCGUGACUACUUCACAACUAAACAAUCGCUAGGAGGCUCUUCUCCCGAGGAAGACCGACCUGUGGCUGCCGUUUCUCAGGCGAAACUCGAAGGGCUUGGCUCAGGGGCCAAUUCACCUUCACGACGCUCUCCCAAGAACCAGCCCCGUCAUCAUUCUCGCAACAUGUCAGUGGCGACCAUGAUCUUUAAGCCCAUGACGGAUUCGAGCACGGACCAGAAUUCAUCAGUCGAAGAGAAUAAACCACCAGCCACCAAGUCACAUCUUUCAGCACCUGGAUCAGGGACUCGCACACCGGUCUCGAAGCCCGGUUCCAGUGGUGCAGGGCAUCGAACGCCAAAGCGAGCAGCAGGUCCGACUCGAAUGCGACCGACACUUGCCACGAAAGACGAACAAGGCUUCCGGUCGACCCCGAAUUUAGCAGGACUGGUGUCACUCAAAAGUCAACAAGCUCAAAUGCGGCGGAAACCAUCACUCGACAUGGAUCUGGUAUCAGACAUUGGCGACAACAGAGCGAUAGGCGGAGGCUACGUUGGAGCACUCCCCAGCUCAUUUGCUGCUCACGUGGGAAAAGGAUCAACCGAGUCACGCCGUGCAAAAGAGCAGAAAGAACAGCAAGAGAUGUUUACUAAAAUUAUGAUGGCUCGGAUGAAUGCCCUUGAGGAGAGUUUCAGGGAGGUGAUUCACGAGAUGAGAGACCAUAUGAGACACGAUGAUGACGCAAGCAGGAGUCGUGGAGGGGGGGCAAGUACAAAUGGCCACAAGGAGAGAACCCGGGAGAAAGAAAUCGAUCGAUCACACUCGGCAAGCAACGACGUGGAGACUGCUACACCCCGGCCGAGCUCAGUCAUUAGGAUGGAAGAGCCCGUCCAUGCCAAGGAGAUCACGACAGAGGGAGAGAGAGAAGAGCGAAGGGCAGGGAGCUGUAGAACAACCUGCUAG